CCCUCUUCCAUGGUUGCGUCAGAGCCCUUGGGCAAAAGAGACAUUAUCUCCAAGGUCUAAGUUCAGCCUAGGCUCUCUAGGGUUUGAUGUCAGAAGUCCAGACCUGAAGCAACUUGGGGCCAGGUUACCUGAAGGGUGGCCUCUCUCUGCCUCUGAUUUUGCCUACCAAUCAUAUCCCACCAUCAGUGGAGGCCCAGUUGGUGGAUACUGGGGAGGGGAAAGGCAGCAGCAUCCAACAUAAAGAAGCAAAGGAACAAACCACCUCUCAGAAAUAGUUCUGGGAAGUGGAGUUUUAUGACAUAGUGAAAUGCCAGACGGAUUGAAAGAAAGAAACAAGGAAGCCAGUUGAUUUCAGUACAGCCUUUUCUGCCAUUGUGCUGGUACUCAGGUUGCAGAUAAAAUAAUGAAGAUGUUAUUAUUUCAUAUUAUGUUUACAAUAUACUGAAUAUCCACAGGAAUUUAAGCAUUUAAAAAUACUUGCUUCACUGUGUAUCUUGGAUGUAACAAUUAUUUUAUUUUAUCUGAUCUUGGAAACAUUGGUUGGACAGAUGGAUGGAUAGACAAAAAUGAAUAAAAAUUACUCCAUUUUUUAAAAAAGGGCUUAAAAAAAUUAAAUGGAAAAUAGGGGCAAGCUUUCCCCCGUUUACUAGAUCUGCCCUUGGGGUUUGGGUGUGUGAUGGCAUGGCUCCCUUAGGGCGCCAGUGGCCGCCCCCUGUCUAGUGAUGAGAGAUCUCUUCUGAACCAGCCCCUGGAAGGAGAAGAAUCCAGAUAAUGGGCAAGGCAUUCUAGGUGGAAUUCCAGUCACUACAAUACAAUGAUCGAGGUUCCAGGAGGAUGGUCAUUCCUGGGAACUGGUGAUGCACAGAAACAUCAUAAUGUCCUAGCGGAUGUCACAAAGCCAAGGCGGAGCCUCCCCUGAAUCCACGUGGGAACUUCUUCCCUCUUUAGAGCGAGCUGGUGGCCUGGUGGCUUUGUCUCUCUUUACAGGUGUUUCAAGAACAUCACCUGGACGUGACCGGACUCCGCUAACAUGAGGUACCAGAGGAAAAAAGACAUUAAGCAGCAAAUCCACGAACUGCGGGCGAUCAUUAACCUCCAAGAGCAAGUGAAGAAGCUCUUUAUCCAAGGCAGCGAGGAGACCGUCUAUAAGAACAAGCACCUGAUCACCUUCCUGCGUGGGAAUGUGCGGGAAGGCAUGCACGACCUGACCCUCGGGCUGAAGUAUGACCACGUCACCAUCAGCCGUGCCUGCCGUGAGAAGAAGCCGCUCAGAGCAGCUUUUGCUGAGUACACAGUGGAGCAAGCCCGGGAGUCGCUCAGCAGCUACGUGUUUGACCGGAUGAACGCCCACAACGUCUUGCUGUACGAAGUGAAGCGGCGGGGGGAACUGCUGGAGGGCAUGCAGCUCAGGCUGCAGCAGCUGCUCGACUUGGAGACGGCCAGUCCGGAGUCCCAGCUGCAGCUGCAGACAAUCCGUCAGCUGGAGAACAACAUUGAGAAGAUGCACGUGAAAAUCACAACGGCUGAAAAAACCCACAUGCUGUACCUGAAGAUGCUGGAUGUGCUGAGAGAGGAACUGUCUCGCCUCCCUCACAUCCUGGACGACCUGGAGCAGCGGGUGGAGGUCUACCAAGUGGAGCUGAAAGGCAUGCAGCUGAUGGGCAUCGACACCACCGAAGCGAUGGAGGCAGCCAAGGAGGACAUGGUGAGUGCAGAAAACGAGCUCAUUGCGGAGAAGAAGUUCAGGGAGAAUUCACUGAGCAUCCAGAAGAAGCAGAUAGAACGGAUCCGCACGAAGGAUGCCAGCGAGAGGCACCGGAGGAUGCAAGCCCGGAGGGAUAUGAACAUGGACUUCCCCAACCUCAUGGGCCGCGAAGGAACGAAAGGUGUGAAGUCGGAGGCCUCAAAGGCGCAGAUUGAGUAUCAGGGCCUGGUGACCACCGAAGUGGACAAGAUUAAGGGCGCCGUCCAGUGCUCCCAUCUCUGGGACAUCGCCGGGAGGUUCAUGGCCCAGAAGAAGUCCGAGGAGAACCUGCAGCAGCAGAUCGCAGAGUCCGAGAAGAAGCGCAGGGGGCUGAAGGCCCAGCUGAAGCAGCUGGAGCUGGAGCGGGCCGAGCUGAAAUUCCACCAGACCCCGCGCUCCGUCAGUUCUAGGAAGUUAGAGGAGGAGCUAAGGAAUAUUCUGGAAGAGGAGGGAGAGAGGCUGGCGCAGGUCCAGAACCAGGUGUUCAAGAACCAAGAGCUCCUCCUCCUUUUUGAAAACGGAGUCAACAACCUCAUCAUGAGGCUGUGUGGCAUCACCGUUCCCGGUCAGGAGGACUCCCGCAUGGAGACCGGGGACGUGUUUGACAAGCUGCAAUUCUGCGAAACCAAGCUGAUGCAUUUGAUCAAAACAAUGACAAAGGUGCCAUCCUAUGACUUCAGCCAAGAAGAGAGCAAUGAGAGUUUUGUACACGUCAGGAAUUUCCUAGAAGAAAGUACUAGAGAUGAACGGCAGAACCUGAGGAUCACGUUUGAGGAAGAUGAUGAGGAUGUCAGAGAGUCAUUCAACUUUGCCGACAUCGACCACAGCUACGUGCCCAACCGGGAGGAGAUCAAGAAACAGGGCUUGAAACUUAUCGAAGACAAGACAAAGAUCACCAAGAAAAAGCAGAGAGGGUCCUCCAAAAAAUGAUGCUCCCCUCCAGCUCCUACUUCACCUUCUUUCCUUUUUCCUUUUUUGAAAAAAAAGAUGAAUAAAGUGUUUAUUUGUUCUGUU